CCAACACUCCCCUGACCCCACUCUCCCACACACCCUUUUCUCCCCUCCCCAGCCACCUACACUCCCCUGCCCCCACUCUCCCUUGCACCCUCCGCUGCCUGCCAGCCACUUACUCCAAGUCACAGCCCUCCCCCUCCCCUUACUCUACGGACAUUAUACAGUAACACCAGGGGACGUGUCUGGGUGAUGACAGGAGAGGAGGGGGAGUAUAUAGAGGAACACAGGGGUCUGUACAAGGAUGUGAUGAUGGAGAAUCACCGGCCCCUCACAUCACUGGGUAAGAGGAGGCUGUCAUGUAUUGUACAGGGGAGAGCAGAUUGGCCCAGUAACAGAGAUACCCCAGAGAGAUGUCCCCGUCCUCUGUAUUCCCAGGAUUGUACAGAGGAGAAUCACAGGAUCCCACAGGAGGAUCAGGAAGAAGAUACAGAUGGAGAAGAAGAGACGUAUGUGACUGAUAAUAAGGCAGAAAAUAUAAAGGCAGAAGAUACAGAGGGAGAAGAAGAGACGUAUGUGACUGAUAUAAAGGCAGAAGAUAUAGAGGGAGAAGAAGAGACGUAUGUGACUGAUAUGAAGGCAGAAGAUAUAGAGGGAGAAGAAGAGACGCAUGUGACUGAUAUAAAGGCAGAAGAUAUAGAAAGAGAAGAAGAGACAUAUGUGACUGAUAUGAAGGCAGAAGAUAUAGAGGGAGAAGAAGAGACGUAUGUGACUGUUAUAAAAUCAGAAGAUACAAAGGGAGAAGAAGAGACGUAUGUGACUGAUAUAAAGGCAGAAGAUAUAGAGGAUGAAGAAGAGACGUAUGUGACUGUUAUAAAGGCAGAAGAUACAGAGGGAGAAGAAGAGACGUAUGUGACUGAUAUGAAGGCAGAAGAUAUAGAGGGAGAAGAAGAGACGUAUGUGAGGGGUGAUCAGCAGUGUAAGGAGGAGGAGAUCCCUACAGAUAUCAGCACAGCAGAUGGACACACAAGCAGGAAUAUCUCAGAAGGACAUCUAAUGUUAUCCCCGGAUUGUGACAUAAAAGAUAAUGACAGAAGACAGGAUUCUCCAGGAGAUAAUCCCAUUACCCCAAUUAUACAUCCAGCUCUAUCAGCUGAUCCCUCUGAUCCUGGGAAAUGUUCUCCUGAUCACUCUGAUAUUGGUGCAUCUGUUACAGCUCUGAGAAUAGAUACAGAGUUUCCCUGUUCGGUAAAUGCCAAAUGUUUUACACAGAACUCAAAGCUUAUUAUCCAUCAGCCAGCUAAGGCAGGUGAGAGGCCAUUUCCAUGUUCUGAGUGUGGGAAAUGUUUUACACGGAAAACAAAUCUUGUUAUACAUUAUAGAAGUCACACAGGUGAGAGGCAAUUUCCAUGUUCUGAGUGUGGGAAAUGUUUUACAUACAAAUCACAUCUUGUUAUACAUCAGAAAACUCACACAGGUGAGAGGCAAUUUCCAUGUUCUGAGUGUAGGACAUGUUUUGCACAGAAAUCAGCUCUUGUUACACAUCAGAGAAGUCACACAGGUGAGAAGCCAUAUUCCUGUUCUGAGUGUAGAAUUUUUUUUCCACGGAAAUCAGAUCUUGUUACAUAUCAGAGAAGUCACACAGAUGAGAAUCCAUUUUCCUGUUCUGAGUGUGGGAAAUGUUUUUUAAAUAAAUCAGUACUUGUUACACAUCAGAGAAGUCACACAUGUGAGAAGCCAUUUUCCUGUUCUGAGUGUGGGAAAUGUUUUGCAGGGAAAUCACAUCUUGUUACACAUCAUAGAAGUCACACAGGUGAGAAGCCAUUUUCCUGUUCUGAGUGUGGAAAAUGUUUUGCACAUAAAUCAACUCUUGUUACACAUAAGAGACUUCACACAGGUGAAACCCCAUUUCCAUGUUCUGAGUGUGGAAAAUGUUGUUUGAGUAAAUCACAUCUUGUUACACAUCAAAGAAGUCACACAGGUGAGAACCCAUUUCCAUGUUCUGAAUGUGGAAAAUGUUGUUUGAGUAAAUCACAUCUUGUUACACAUCAGAGAAGUCACACAGGUGAUAAACCAUUUACCUGUUCUGAGUGUGGAAAAUGUUUUUUAAGUAAAUCACAUCUUAUUACACACCAGAGAAGACACACAGGUGAGAAACCAUUUUCCUGUUCUGAGUGUGGGAAAUGUUUUCCAGGGAAAUCACAUCUUGUUACACAUCGGAGAAGUCACACAGGUGAGAAACCAUAUUUCUGUUCUGAGUGUGGGAAAUGUUGUUUAAGAAAAUCAGAGCUUGUUACACAUCAGAGAAGUCACACAGGUGAGAAGCCGCAUUCCUGUUCUGAAUGUGGGAAAUGUUUUGCAUACAAAUCACAUCUUGUUACACAUCAGAGAAGUCACACGGGUGAGAAGCCAUUUCCAUGUUCUGAGUGUGGGAAAUGUUUUGCAUACAAAUCACAUCUUGUAAUACAUCAGAGAAGUCACACAGGUGAGAAGCCAUUUUCCUGUUCUGAGUGUGGGAAAUGUUUUGCACGGAAAUCAGUUCUUGUUACACAUCAGAGAAGUCACACAGGUGAGAAACCAUUUUCCUGUUCUAAGUGUGGCAAAUGUUUUGCACGGAAAUCAGUUCUUGUUACACAUCAGCUAUGUCACAGGUGAGAAGCCAUUUUCAUGCUGUGAGAGAAAUAAAUCAGCUAUUGUUGAAUACAAUAGACAUUACCCAAGUGUGGAACCAUUUAAAUCUUCUGGAGUAUAAUUAUCACUGUCAUGCAUUGUUUCUCAAGGGUCUAGCCUAUCUCCUAUGCUUUAUGCAAUAUUCAUGCUACCAAGGGUGAAAUAAUCAUAUGUCUUGCCCUGGUCUACCACUGUUAUGCUCCAUGUACUGAGAACCUAAUACCAAUCCUAUAUGGUUGUCUAGCCGAGCUCCGGGUGUGGAUGCCAGUUGGCUGUGACUCAGUCUUAGUGAAACAUAAUAGAAGCUCCCCAAUAAAGGACAAGACUACAGCUUUACAAACCAUCUGGAUUUAUGCUUUGGUAUUCAGUUACAAAAUGCUGAACAUGUGCUGAAUCUUUGUGUUUUCCUGGUUUGUGGCUGACACAGACAUCAGGUAUCAGCCACAUACAAAUCCUCAUUCUUCUAUCUGAGGAACAUAGAAUCAAGCACUUGAUUCCCUCAGAAGAUCUACCUGAAGUCAUACAUGUAUUUGUGUUAUCUGACGUAGACUACUGCAAUGUCCUCUACCUGGGUCUCCCAGCAAAAGAAUUACAGAGCUUGCAGCUAGUACAGAAUGCAGCAGCCAAGCUGUUACCUAACCAGCCCGUUCAGGGCCGUCUUUACGUAUGGGCUCAAUGGGCUCUUGCCCAAGGGCCCCAGGAGUAUAAGGGCCCUAGGCUGAUAGCUGAGGGUCCCCUCUUUCCAGGGGUACCAGAUUUUUGAAAAUCGGCCUUGGGGAACCAGAGAUAUUCAACGUGAAAGCAGAGGUCCCCAUCCGAGCCUGUUAAUUGCUCUUCCCAGCCAGAUAUCUCAGGUUCUGUCUAACUUAGAGUUUUUCUGAGGGUAUAAUCCAAAAUCUGAGACUCUCCCCUUUUGCUGGACACUGUCUCUACUGUGCCCAGAACCAGAGAUAUCAGCCUUCCAGCAGCUGGUCCCUGCUCCAGCUCCACACGCCUGGUAUACAGUUUUAUAUAUUCAUUGGAGGAUUGCUCUGGCUCCUGACCUCUGAUCCCCAAGUGCCCAGAACCUUCUGAAAGGUGGGACUCUCUAGUUUUUUAUCCAAUUCAAAGCUAAGAAGUAUAUUUUCAGGAACUUGAGAUAUCUGCAGUCAAGCAAGCUGCCCUCCCACGAGAAAAUGAUGAAUAUUAAGCCCACUCCAUUAUCCACCCCUCCCCUACGUAUUAAACAUCCCCUACCACCCCGGAAGUCAUGUACCAGGGCUUCUUUAUUCAGCCCAAUGGCCCCUCUACAGUUUAGUCCCAUCUGUGCAGUAAAGGAGUAAUUAGCAGAAAUUACUGCUCCAGGUCCUACAUGCUGAGCGGAAGAUAAAACACCCCCUACCGCCCGUGGGACAUCAAAGCUGCCACUGAUAGCACACCCCACCCCUACCGCUGGAGGAUGGGUAGGGGGCCCAGUGCAUUGCUGUGCCCAGGGGCCCACACUGCUGUUAAGACGGCCCUGAGCCCGUUCCUGUCACAUAACACCCAUUCUCUAUUCCCUCCACCGGCUGCCUGUAAGAUGGAAAAUCUAUUUCAUAAUCGGCUUACUGACCUUCCCAGCCCAACAUUACAUGGUCCAAGGUACUAGAAGCAGCUUCUGACUCCUUAAUGCCCUGCUUGCUUGCUUCUACAGAUAAAGGACUGUUACCAGCAGUACCAAGAAUCUAUGUAAUUCAUUUAUGGGUUGAACGUUUAGUUUUGCAGCCCUGACCAUGGAACUCACUGCCUUGCACAGUCCAAGAGACCACCACUCUAGAGACCUUCACAAACAGACUGAUGACUGUUACUCACGCUUUUCAUUAAUGUACCUCUAUUUACUUCCUAAAUAAUACAUCCCAAAUGCUUAGGUCUUUUUUCUGCUGUUUAUUUUGUAUCUUGGGAUUUGUGUAAAUGUGAAUGUCUAAUACCAGUUUGCACAAUCUGUAGUGCUGCACGACAAUAUGGCGGCCAUUGGAACGUGUUUUCACUUCUUCUAGUUUGCCUGACUUGUUGCAGACACUCAUCUUGAUCAGGAGUGUAGAGUGUUUUCUAAUACAAGAUCCUGUCCAUAUAUACCCUGUACAUUAUCAUGUGCAUUAGAGUCACCUGGGUUCCAUCUGCAGUGGUUUGUUGUAUGUUACAUCUAUAUGGUGCGGAUACUCCCCUGUAUGAUUUCAUAAUAAAAGCUUUUGUUUGCAUCUAA